CGAUGGGACUACGAAAUUCCAAAAAUAAGAAAAGCUACGAUGUGGCUCACAUCGAGCCAAGUGCCGUCUCCACCACGGACAAUGGCAAGGUUGAAGCGAUAGAGACAAAGGCCAAGGCCGUUGAGGCCUCACCAACUCCCGUAGUUGUCAGUAAGCCGGCGCCAGAAUGGAUCAAUGAAACGCAAUUUGUCGAUUUGCUGAGCGCAAAUAUCGCUCAGUUCGAGAAGAUCAAAAGCUUCGAAGCCAAACCGGCCAUGACUGCCGGAGAGAAUUAUGCGACUCUCAUGCUGAGAGUGAGCAUCGAUGUUGAGUUGAAAGAUAAAACCAGCAAGCAUAUAUCCUACAUGAUGAAAGUCCCUCACGAUAGUCCCGAAAUGCAGCAACUACUGGCCGUGGCCAACUUCUUUAACACCGAGAAUUCGGUCUAUUUGGAUAUAAUACCCAAACUAGAGGCUCUCUACAAGGAUAAGGGUCUCGAUAUACAAUUUGCGCCGCGUGCCUACAAAUUGAACGGUGAGGACCCCAAGCUCGCCAAUACGGUUCUAAUGCACGAUCUGGGUCCGGAUGGUUUCAAAAACCUCAAUCGUUUGGAGUGCCUAAACGUGGAGCAGGCGAAAUUUGUGCUCCGCAGACUGGCGCAGUUCCAUGCGGCAGGAGCUCAGUAUGUUAAUGUACACGGUCCUUAUCCCGAAGUGCUGAUUUAUGGCAUGAUUGGCAAGGAUAAUACCAUGGCUAAGGCAAUGAUGGAGGGCAUGUUGGCACCGUUUGAAAAAUUGUUUUUGAAUAAUUUAAGGAACUAUAAGAACGGUGACAAAUAUUAUGACAAAUUUGUGCAACUUUUUUCAAAACUGACCACAGAAUUUUUGAAGUUAGUUAACUACGAUCCGAGUGAGUUCAAUGUGCUCAACCAUGGCGAUUGUUGGAUAAAUAAUCUGCUCUUUAAACAUGGAUCCAAUGGCGAGCUGAGCGACAUGAUGUUUGUCGACUUCCAAAAUCCCAAAUAUGGCAGUCCUGCUCAGGAUCUGCUGUACUUUAUUUUAACAUCGGUGAACAUCUCGCACAAGCUGAAGGACUUUGAAUACUUCAUACGCUACUACUAUGACAACUUAAUAGAACAUCUGAAAUUGCUGAACUACUCAGAGGAGAUGCCCAGCCUCAGCGAAUUGCAUAUGCAGCUCUUUAAGUAUGGAGCCUGGGGAGUUACAGCCGCCUUUAUGGUCUUGCCCGUGGUGCUAUUGGAUCCCACUGAGGGUGCGACCUUUGAGAACUUUAUGGGCAACAACGAGGCGGCAGACAAAUUUAAAAACCUCAUGUACUCUAACAAACGCUAUAUGGCCAAUAUUGAGGAAAUUCUGCCGUGGAUGGACAAUCGCGGCUAUCUGAAAGUCAAGGAAACUACUGUUGCCCUAGAACCGGCACCAGAACCGGCACCAGAACCGGCACCAGAACUGGCACCAGAACAGCCACCAGAACCGGCACCAGAACUGGCCACAGAACCGGCCUCAGCAGAUGCAGUAGCUGCAGUUCCAAAUCCAGCUGUACCCGACUGGAUUACUAGCGAUUUCUUCGUAGACCUAUUAAAGGCACAACAUCCCGACUUCAAAGCCAUUCAAACCUUCAAUGUGGAAAAGGCUACCAAUGCCGGUGAUAAUUAUUCCUCAACAAUGCUGUCUGUGGACAUUACAUAUCUGACAGCAAGUGAAAAAAGUGAAUUUAAAUCGCUUAUGCUGAAGGUUCCACCAAGCGAUGCCUUGACACAAGCCCUUCUAGAUCGCAUGCUCACGUUUAAAAAGGAAAUCACCGUUUACUCUGAUAUUCUGCCGCAAUUGGAGCAACUUUAUGAGAAAGUCGGACAUCCGGUGAAAUUCGGCCCCGAAUCCUAUGAGUUCAUUAAGCAGCCCGAUUGCGAUCACAUUCUGUUGGAGAAUUUGCGACCCUCGGGCUUCAAGAAUGCCGACCGUCUAGCCGGCUUGAGUGUCACAGAAACGGAGCAUGUGCUUCAAAAAUUGGCCCAGUUCCAUGCUGCCUCAGCCCACCUCUUUGCCACUAAAGGUUCCUAUACAGAGGUCUUGACCAAACCCGUGCACUGCGAGGAGAAUCGAGAUCUUUUCCAAAAUGACAUGGCCAAAGCGUUCCACGAAUUGGCAAUUUCGGCGCUCAAGACAUUCAAAGGCAAUGAAAUGUAUGGCAACAAAUUGAUCUAUUUCUUCGAAAAUAUGUUCGAUGUCAUGAAUAAGGCGGAACAGUUCGAUGAAACUGCCUUUAAUGUUCUUAAUCAUGGCGAUUGUUGGACCAACAAUAUUAUGUUCCAGCACGAUUCUGCCGGUAAUAUCAAAAACACGUACUUCGUUGACUUCCAGCGUUGUAGUUUUGGUUCCCCUGCCCAGGACCUGUACUACUUCCUAUUGAGUUCGCCCAGUUAUGACAUCAAAUUGGAAAAGUUUGAUUACUUUGUUCGCUAUUAUCACGGGCAGCUGAAGCUAAAUUUAAAUUUGCUCAGCUAUCCCAGCCAUAUACCCACGCUGAAGGAGCUCCACAUAGAUCUGUUGAAUAAUGGUGCUUGGGCUGUGAUGGUUGCGACAACUGUUAUGACGGCCGUGCUGUUGGAUCCCACUGAUAAUGCCAGCAUAGCCACUAUGCUGGGGGAUAAUGAAGAGAGUGGCAAUUUCAAGAAGCAGCUUUACCAAAACGAACGAUAUAGAAAACAUGUGGAGGCUAUAUAUCCAUGGCUCGACCGUCGCGGCCUUUUAGACUUCGAAGUUGAAGUUCAGCCAAAGGACGAUUUAAGUUGGCUGGAUAUAAAUGACUUUGCUGACAUUAUUUCCGCCGAUGAGCCAGAAUUUGAAAAAAUAUUAAAUUCUACGACAGCCUUAGCGACCAAGCCGGGCGAUAAUUAUGCAUCCAAAAUCCUAAAAGUCGACAUCAAUGCCAAGCUAAAAGAGAAUAAUGUGAAGCCCUUCUCCUACAUAUUGAAAGUUGAGCUCCCGAAUUUACCGGCUGAGCUCGCAGCCGCGACUUUCCCGAAAGAGAAUGAGAUCUAUAAUAAAUACAAGCCGGCUUUUGAGCAACUCUAUCGAGAGGCAGGUCUACCGGUAGUCUUCGGCGCCAAGUCCUAUAAACUGAAAAAGCAAAUCAAGGAGGACUUUGUGCUACUGGAGAACCUAAAGAUCCGUGGUUUUAAAUUGCGCGACCGCAAGGAGGGGUUGGACUUGGAACACACAAAGAGUGUGCUCAAAAAAUUGGCUCAAUGGCAUGCAGCCUCAUUGCGUUAUAAGGAAUUGCAUGGACCUUAUCCAAAAAUGUUCAAUUUUGGAAUUAUACAUGAGGGAGUGAAAGACAUUUUUGUAGAAAUGUUUCAAAAAUGUAGAGAUGGUUUUUUCAAUGCGAUUACAAAAUUUAGGGGCACAGAAGAAUAUUUGGAGAAACUGGAACGAUUUUACGACAUCGUCUUUGAUAAGAUCUUGGAGGAUGCCCAAAUCGACGAGAAUGAAUUUAAUGUUCUUUGCCACGGCGAUGCUUGGAUCAAUAAUAUUAUGUUCAAUUACGAUGAAGCCGGCCAACUAAAAGAUACCUACCUGAUAGACUUCCAGGAAACAAAAUAUGGCAAUGUUGCACAGGAUCUAUACUACUUGUUGAUUAGCUCCGCACAGCUUGACAUCAAGGUCAAACAGUUCGAUUACUUGAUCAGAUGGUAUCAUGAGAACCUAGUGGAACAUACGAGCCUCUUAAAAUACGAGGGCUUUGUGCCAAACUUGAAACAACUGCACACGAUCCUGCUAAAGAAUUCCAUACAUGCUCCCAGCACGGUAUUAACUACAAUGGUGGUUUGUCUGGCGAAUGAGGAAGAAAACUUGAGCCUAGGUGUGUUCGUUGAAGACACUCCAGAAGCCGAAGCCUUACGCAACAGGAUUUUAAACAAUGAACGCUUCCAGGCCCAUUUCGAAGAAAUAAUGCCUUGGCUGAACAAACGGGGACUAUUAGAUAUAUAUUAAAGCAAAAGUUAUUACAUUCUUUGUAUAUCUUUUAAGAGUUAAGAAAUAAAAGUGAUUCACUAUAAAGA